CACAUUGGGCAACCUGACCGUGCUAUACGAAGUGCGCAUGAACAUCUACAUGUCCCGAAAGCUUCCAGAUAACGCUACGGGCUUGGUGUUCGUACAGAUAUAAUGGUCCUCAUGGCUGCGAUGCCAGACACGCAUCUCCCUCAUGCUCGUUCUAACAAUGGGAAAGAUCUCUUGCGCCAUCGCGGCCCUUGUUCUGGGUGCGCAAGUCGCCGUUUCAACGCCAAUCCAUCCUCGACUCCAACCGAAUGCGAUUGUACAACGAGCUGCAAAUGACACGCCCGUGGCAGGCGGCAUCAUGCCCGGUGCCUACAUUGUCGAGUUCGCGGAUGACAAUGAGACGCCGGAGACGUUCUACGCGUCUCUUGCAGCCAGCGGCGUACAGGUUGAGCCUCGCAUGGACCUGAGUUUCCGUUUCUUCAAAGGCGUCUCGUUCCAAGUCAAGAGGUUCAGCUUGAACUCGACUGGUGGGGACUUCUUGCGUCAGAUGAAGGCACAACCCCAGGUCGAGAACAUAUGGCCAACGCGCAUCACCACACGUUCGGGCGAGGAAAGUGUUGCGGCACCUUCACAGCAAAAGCACACUAAGCGGCAAACCACGUCCGAGCGCACCUUCUCCCCUCAUGUCAUGACCCAGGUCGACAAGCUGCACGCAGAGGGCGUCACCGGCAAAGGUUUCCGCGUCGCUAUCGUUGACAGCGGGCUCGACUACACCCAUCCAGCACUCGGCGGAUGCUUUGGUCCGGGUUGUCUAGUAGAAGCAGGGUACGACUUCAUCGGCGAUGACUAUGUCCCUGGGCAGUCACUGCCUGAGCCGGACGAUGAUCCCAUGGACAAUUGCGCUGGACACGGCACCCACGUUGCAGGCACCAUUGCCGCUCAGCUCGAAGGCAACGAGUACGGCUUCACAGGGUCUGCUCCCGGAGCAAAGCUAGGCGCAUACAGGAUGUGGGGCUGCUCAUCCACUUCCACGAACGAGAUAGAGCUGUUGGCAUUUGCUCGUGCUGUCGAGGACGGCGCAGACAUCAUCUCGUACUCCAAUGGCGAUGAUUCGGGAUGGGCGCAGGAUGUACGGGCUGUCAUCAUCUCCCGCAUUGUCGACUCCGGUAUUCCUGUCGUGGUAUCUGAAGGCAAUGGCGGAGGCCAGGGCAUGUUUUACGCUUCUACACCGGCAACGGGAUACAGCGUCACGGGUACGGGAGCCGUGUCCAACACGAAAUUCCCCACAUUCCUCGAGAGAGGCUCCUACACGACUAAUGCCAACGUUACCACCAAUGGUACGACCGACUUCGGCUUCUUGAUGGGUGUUCCUGAGUUCACUGCAGACACCACACUACCGCUGUGGUCUGCCGCCGAUGUGAAUGAUGCUUGCAAGCCGUUGCCCGACGACACACCGGAUCUGAGCCAACGCAUCGUGCUUCUUGAGUUCAAGGAUUCACGGGCAACCCAAUGCUAUCCGCAAGACCAGGGCGCCAAUCUCGCCGCGAAGGGUGCACGGUUCAUGGUAUACUAUGAACGCAGUAAUCUCACGAUGCGGGACGAGCCAUACGUCUAUGCUGACGGGAUCGAAGGAGUAGUCAAGGCUGUCCCAUACGUUGCUGAGCGUUGGCUUUCCCUCCUUUCGCAGGGCAGCACCGUCUCUGUGACAAUACCAGCGAAUGGAACGCAAACGCAUCUCGAGGAGCUCGAGAACAACGAGACCGGCGGAUACGUCGCCGGCGAGUUGAGUAGCUGGGGUCCAAGCUGGGAGCUGAGCAUGACGCCACAGAUUGUAUCACCAGGAGAGAACAUCUUGAGUACGUACCCGACAGCUUUGGGUAGCUACCGCGUCAUGACUGGCACCAGCAUGGCAACGCCGCUGGUCGCAGGUGUCUACGCGAUGCUUGGUGAAGUGUACGGCAAAUUGGAACCAGAGCGACUUCGCAGGAUCCUCACGCACACAUCCAAGCCGCUCGCAUGGCACGACGGCACAACUGCACACCCCGAUAUCCUGGCGCCAAUCGCACAGCAAGGUGCUGGGCUGAUACAAGCGUGGAACGCUGCCCACACCACUCUUGAGCUCGAUGUCGAUAGUCUCAUGCUGAACGAUACGGAGCACUUUGUCGGCACCCGAACCUUCAGCAUAAAGAACACUGGCUCUACCGACGAGGUCCUCGACUUGGGCCACCGCAAAGCCGUCACAGUCUAUACCAUGCAACCCAACGUCCCUGAGCUACGUACAGGUGUUUUCCCCAACCCUGCCGUUGAGUCAUGGGCUACUGUCUCCUUCUCUACCGACCGUAUCAACGUUCCCGCUGGCCAGUCCGCCAAGGUGACCGUCGACUUCACACCACCAGCGGGUGUUAACGCGACCCUGCUCCCGGUCUACAGCGGCUUCCUCAGCAUUGGCGACAAGCUUCAUCUGCCAUAUCUGGGUGUCGUCGGAAAUAUGCGCGACGUGCCGAUUGCGACGACUGACAGAGUCUAUCUCGCGCAAGGAUACUCGCCUGCUCCUGCGAAUGGAUCGUACACAAUCCUGCGACCGGAUCCCGAGAACCCGCCAUUCACCGACCGCGGUGACAUGCAAAACACGCCAAACAUGUACGUUGACAACAUUGUCGGGUCGCCUUUGGUGCGCGUUGAGGUACUGCAGGGAAACAAGAUACUGGGUGCGUUGGCUGGUUUCCCACAAACGUACGUCGGAAGAGGCGAAGUGCGCGCAUACUUCAACGGACUGAUGGCAGAUGGUACGGUACUUGAUGAGGGCUCGUAUCGAAUGAAAGUGAGCGCACUGCGGAUCUUCGGCAGCGAGGAGAGCGAGGAGGACUGGGAUACCUUUGACUCGGUUACUUUUGCUGUGAAAUACGCCACGUAGUAGCGUUGCGAUGUAGCCACAAUCCACAUUGGACCAUUUCGAACAUGUGUCGACUUCACGUCUUCUAAUUUGCUAAACCAUAGACCAUGCGCGAUGCCUCGCGACGAUCUCUGCAGGGCGCGCGGUCUCCCGUAGCGUGGACAACGUCCCGUCGCGUGGUCACCAAGUGUCUCGAGCGUGUCUCGACACAUACAGGUAAGCCAUAACGAACGAUGGU